UUUACCCGGAAAUCAAACACUCGGAAAUUUCCAUAUGACAACCACACGAUCUGUAUAGUCUCCCGAUAAGAAAACUAGAAAAAUUGUUUCAAGAGAAAAAAAAAUCCUAAGAAAAAAAAUUGACCUAUAAAUAACUCCAUUAACACAAUCAUCUAAGUAAACCACGAAAGAAAACAAAAAUCAGAGAUAUUAAUAAACCAAAACGGUUUUGGCAAAACCCUACAAUGGUUGCAAAGCUUAUAGUUCUAUGCUGCUUGCUAACGUACACCUUUGUCAUGGCGGCAGCAUCAAUGGAAGCUGAGCCUCCGGAAACAAGGAAACUCGGAAGGCACAACUGGCCAGGAGCGGAGGUAGAAGCACCGGAGGUUUCACAUUUGGUAGAGACUGUACGGCGGGGCCACCACCAUUCCACGGUGGAUAGAUCGGUCGCCGGCGGUGGAGUUAUUCUCGGAGGCUUAGCAACUACGUUUCUUGUAGCAGUGUUUUGCUAUAUAAGGGCAACGAGGAAACACAAACCCAAUUAUGAUGAGGAGACUGAGACCCCUAAGGUUUUAGUUUAGUUUUUUCUUUCUUUUUUUGUAAAGAUGGUUUUUUUCUU